AUGCACCGGCAACGUCACAUUCGAACCGAAGCUUCGUUUGGGUGCAUCAGCUCCACGCCUGUGUAUAUAGCCCUUCAAACUUUCUUUGUAGCAUUAAUUACGGGGAGUAUUGUUUUGCAACAUGAGUAUACUCGCCAAAAUAGCAGAAAUUGAAAAUGAGAUGGCCCGGACGCAGAAGAACAAGGCCACAGCUCACCACUUGGGUCUGCUCAAAGCACGUCUUGCCAAACUGAGGAGAGAACUCAUUACACCAAAAGGAGGCAGUGGCGGUGGAACCGGAGAAGGCUUUGAUGUAGCAAAAACAGGGGAUGCGCGAAUUGGGUUUGUUGGAUUUCCUUCAGUGGGAAAGUCUACCCUUCUAAGUAACCUUGCAGGUGUGUACUCUGAAGUUGCCGCCUAUGAGUUCACCACUCUUACAACAGUACCUGGAGUGAUUCGGUACAAAGGUGCCAAGAUUCAGCUCUUGGAUCUUCCAGGAAUUAUUGAGGGGGCCAAAGAUGGCAAGGGCAGAGGCAGACAAGUCAUUGCUGUGGCUCGAACCUGCAACUUGAUCCUGAUUGUGCUUGAUGUCUUAAAACCUCUUCUUCAUAAGAGGCUAAUAGAACAUGAACUUGAGGGCUUCGGUAUCCGUCUUAACAAGCAACCACCCAACAUUGGCUUCAAAAAAAAAGACAAAGGAGGCAUUAACUUCACAGCUACAUGUGCUCAAACUGAGCUGGAUGCUGAAACGGUUAAGACCAUCCUGGCAGAGUAUAAGAUCCAUAACGCCGACAUCACUCUGCGUAGUGACGCCACGGCCGAUGAUCUCAUUGACGUAGUGGAGGGAAAUCGUGUGUACAUCCCCUGCAUUUAUGUGCUCAACAAAAUUGAUCAGAUCUCCACUGAGGAGCUUGACAUCAUCUACAAGGUCCCCCACUGCGUACCCAUCUCAGCCCACCACCGCUGGAACUUUGACGACCUGUUGGAGAAGAUGUGGGACUACUUGAAGCUUGUGCGCAUCUACACAAAACCCAAAGGCCAGCUUCCCGAUUAUACGUCACCUGUUGUGCUCCCUGACGGUAAAACUUCUGUGGAGGAUUUCUGUUUAAAGAUUCAUAAAAACCUCAUCAAAGAAUUCAAAUAUGCGCUUGUGUGGGGCUCAUCAGUGAAACAUAAUCCACAAAAGGUGGGCAAGGACCACGUCCUGGAGGACGAAGAUGUUAUCCAGCUGGUGAAGAAGUAAAAGGAGUUGUAAUUCAUCGUAUGGCCCGUUUAUCACAGCGUGUAUUCUGCAGACAGUUGACAAAUUGCCACACAUUCAUCCUUUAGGGCACCUGUUUAGGUGUCCUUCAGGGGUUUUUUUUUUCCCCAAAGCAAAAUUACGUCACAUUAAACACACUUUUAACACCAUGAAUGGUUCAUAUUGAAUAUUGGUGUCGCCUUGCAUUUGCUCAAAUUUUGCCCAAUAAAAAUGUGGUUUCUUGUGCAAAA